GAGCUGUAUACAAGUCACCAAGUGCACACUCAUUAACAGCCGAAAGUCAUCGCGUCGAUUCCGCAUGACGGGCACGCAUCCAACCCCCCUGACCCCCGAAGAGCUCCGCGAGCAUGAGUUCGCGCGCGAGGUCCGCGACGCACAAAGUCUAGUCGAAUUCACCGGCGUCACGAUAAACGAGGCGCUGCGCGCCUUGCGGGCAUGCGGCGGGGACCUCGAGAAGGCUGGGAAUCUUCUUUUCUUGUCCGCUCCAGACGAAACUUCCGCCGAAUCCCCAAGCUCCGAAGAAGAAGAGAGUACGAAGUCCAUCCGGUCUUAUUUCGCGCAUCUGUUCCCGCCGACCAACACGGGACCUGGGGAUGUGCCUGGAAUGAAGGGAGGGUCGCUCAUCCAGCUUGACUCCAGAGAAGAGAAUGAUUCCGAUCCUGAUGGCCUGGAAUCGGCUUCUGUCCGUGCGACCAGCAGGGCGUCCUCUCCAGGAGAUUAUGCGGCUCGUCCGACGGAGUGCGAGACCGAGCUUGAUGAUAUGGCUGAGUCUGAGAGAGAAGCUGGGAGCCCUGCGCGCUCACCCGUCCUCCAGAGCAUCAUCCUCGCCCUUUUCCACAUUCCGCAAGUCCGGCAAAAACUGUCCGAGCUCGGCAUCUCACCUGAAGCGCCCAAUUCACGAAGUCGCGGUAUCUUAUCGAUGCAAUCGCGUGGUGCUCUUGUUGAUAUUUCUCCAGAAUACGCGACUUGGAAACUGGUCGAAAUGUUCGCCUGUCUCGACCUGGCUAGAAUAUCGUUCUUUGUUGAUUCUGAGCUCCUUGAUGCGUGGAAUGCCGUCCCCUGCGAAAGAAACGGACCCACCAUCCCGGCCCUCUCGCGCACUCGGCUUUUCGGCUCUGAAUGGCAACGAAUCUUGAUUACAGCCUCCGGCAUACCCCAAACUGGCCCCUCCCUUCUGGGGUACAUCAUCCCGCUGCCUUCCUCGGGCGUACACGACUCCGGCGACCUUGUCAAGCAACUGUCUGCGACACUUCACCAGUUCUGCGGGGACAAAUCCUCAGACCACCAGGUCAUCACGGAGCCUUCGGAAAUCAUUGUGUUCCAGAUCUCGGCUGCGAUCCGCCAUCUUCCCACCACCAUAUACCUGGAUGAGUUCCUUGAGGAGAAUUUGUCAUUGGCCAACGAGACCAAGCGCGCAACUAAGCACGUGCAGAAGGAGAUCGCGGACAUUGAGAGAGAACGGGAGAAGUUCAUGCUAUUUGAGGGAGAAAAUCCGCUCGAGAUGCUCCGUCAGGUCAUCUCCGAGUACGAACAUCCGAAUGUACUGAAGCCACGCAGCGAAGCCGAUGCGCGGCGCAUGGAAGAACUUGCUCUGAGCCUGCGCCAGGUAUUGCAGAGACUUGAAGUCCACGUCCAGUCUCUUGACGAGAAGUCGCUGGCACUGCGAAAGGAUUUGGACGCAAUCACGAACGAGGAGGAUCUCAAGAUGACGCCGUACGAUCUGCGAGCAUCCUUGGUGACGGACGGGGAGCACGGUCCUCGUAACACUUACUCGUACGUGCGGGCAGAGUCGAAAUGGUGGAAACUGCUCGAUGGGGAGGUCAUUGAGGUGCCGGAAGAUCUCGUACUGUUGGAUUCCCCCUAUCUCGUGUUUUACAGCCAGCGACAGCCUGACACUGCUUCGGCACCGAACACCUGGCCUUCAUUUCUCGUAGAGGAAAUCGAACGCAGCUCUCAAAUGUUCCUAGAGACUCUUCGGAAAGAGAGCUCCCGAUACACGAGUGGGGCUCCAUAAUUCAUCUAUGUUGUCAAUACAUUCAUUUUGGUACAUAUCUCUUAACUUUGAGUGACCGUGAAAA